UACGCACCUGGUCAGGGCUGCCACCAUGCGCCUGAGCUCCCUGCUGGCGCUGCUGCGGCCAGCGCUGCCCCUCAUCCUAGGGCUGUCGCUGGGGUGCAGCCUGAGCCUCCUGCGGGUCUCUUGGGUCCAAGGUGAGGGAGAAGAUCUCUGUGUAGAGGCUGUGGGGGAGCCAGGGCGGCCACAGAACCCAGACUCAGGACACCGGCUGGACCAAAGUGAUGAAGACUUCAAACCCCGGAUUGUCCCCUACUACAGGGAUCCCAACAAGCCCUACAAGAAGGUGCUCAGGACUCGGUACAUCCAGACAGAGCUGGGCUCGCGCGAGCGGUUGCUGGUGGCCGUUUUGACUUCCCGAGCCACGCUGUCCACUCUGGCCGUGGCCGUAAACCGCACGGUGGCCCACCACUUCCCCCGGUUACUCUACUUCACGGGGCAGCGAGGGGCCCGGACUCCUGCAGGCAUGCAGGUGGUGUCCCAUGGGGACGAACGGCCUGCCUGGCUCAUGUCGGAGACCCUGCGCCACCUUCACACACACUUUGGGGCCGACUACGACUGGUUCUUCAUUAUGCAGGAUGACACGUAUGUGCAGGCCCCUCGCCUGGCAGCCCUCACCGGCCACCUCAGCAUCAACCAGGACCUGUACCUGGGCCGGGCAGAGGAAUUCAUCGGGGCGGGCGAGCAGGCCCGGUAUUGCCACGGAGGCUUUGGCUACUUGUUGUCACGGAGCCUCCUGCUUCACCUGCGGCCGCACCUGGAUGGCUGCCGCGGGGACAUUCUCAGUGCUCGUCCUGAUGAGUGGCUUGGCCGCUGCCUCAUCGACUCUCUGGGCGUUGGCUGUGUCUCGCAGCACCAGGGGCAGCAGUAUCGCUCCUUUGAACUGGCCAAGAACAGGGACCCUGAGAAGGAGGGGAGCUCGGCUUUCCUGAGUGCCUUCGCGGUGCACCCUGUCUCCGAGGCCACUCUUAUGUACCGGCUCCACAAACGCUUCAGUGCUCUGGAGCUGGAGCGGGCUUACAGUGAAAUAGAACAACUGCAGGCUCAGAUCCGCAACCUGACAGCGCUGACCCCCGAGGGCGAGGCGGGGCUGAGCUGGCCUGUGGGACUCCCGGCGCCCUUCACGCCCCACUCGCGCUUUGAGGUGCUGGGCUGGGACUAUUUCACCGAGCAGCACACCUUCUCCUGCGCAGACGGGGCCCCCAAGUGCCCCCUGCAGGGGGCCAACAGGGCGGACGUGGGUGACGCUGUGGACACUGCGCUGGAGCAGCUCAAUCGGCGCUAUCAGCCGCGCUUGCGCUUCCAGAAGCGGCGGCUGCUCAAUGGUUACCGGCGCUUCGACCCAGCGCGGGGCAUGGAGUACACCUUGGACCUUCUGUUGGAGGCUGUCACUCAGCGCGGGCACCGGCGGGCCCUGGCUCGCAGGGUCAGUCUGCUGCGGCCACUGAGCCGCGUGGAAAUCCUGCCCAUGCCCUAUGUCACUGAAGCCACCCGAGUGCAGCUGGUACUGCCACUCCUGGUGGCUGAAGCCGCAGUGGCCCCGGCGUUCCUGGAGGCCUUUGCGGCCAGCGUGCUGGAGCCUCGAGAGCACGCGCUGCUCACCCUGCUGCUGGUCUAUGGGCCUCGGGACGGUGGCCGAGGGGCCCCAGACCCAUUUCUUGGGGUGAAGGCUGCGGCGGCGGAGUUGGAGCGGCGGUACCCUGGGGCAAGGCUGGCCUGGCUCGCCGUGAGAGCAGAGGCCCCUUCCCAGGUGCGACUCAUGGAUGUGGUGUCCAAGAAGCACCCCGUGGACACCCUGUUUUUCCUCACCACCGUGUGGACCAGGCCUGGGCCUGAAGUCCUCAACCGCUGCCGCAUGAACGCCAUCUCCGGCUGGCAGGCUUUCUUCCCAGUCCAUUUCCAAGAGUUCAACCCUGCCCUGUCUCCGCAGAGGCCACCCCCAGGCCCUCCAGGGGCUGGCCCCGACCCUCCAUCACCCCCUGGCUCAGACCCAUCCCGAGGGGCUCCCGUCGGGGGCAGGUUUGACCGGCAGGCAUCGGCGGAGGGCUGCUUCUACAAUGCCGACUACCUGGCAGCCCGUGCCCGGCUGGCUGGCGAACUGGCAGGCCAGGAAGAGGAGGAAGCCCUGGAGGGGCUGGAGGUGAUGGAUGUUUUCCUCCGGUUCUCAGGGCUCCACCUCUUCCGGGCCGUAGAGCCAGGGCUGGUGCAGAAGUUCUCCCUGCGGGACUGCAGCCCCCGGCUCAGCGAGGAACUCUACCACCGCUGCCGCCUCAGCAACCUGGAGGGGCUGGGGGGCCGUGCCCAGCUGGCCAUGGCCCUGUUCGAGCAGGAGCAGGCCAACAGCACCUAGGAGCUGUCCUGGGCCCCUGGCACCUGGGAUCCCCAUGGGUCCCUCGUACGCCUCUGCCCCAGGCAGGGCAAGGCAAGGUGAUGGACAGAGGAGGGCUUAUUGCUGUAUUUUUUUAAAUAAGAAAAUGUUAUUAAAAAUGUCUUCUGCCAAAA